UUUCGUUGCAUCUUAAUGAAUUGCAUGAUACUGUUACCAUUUGACACUGUUUUUUAAAUGGCAUCAUCUAUGUUUGUCGGGAUCUACUAUGUAUAUUGUAAAUGGUAUCAAUAUAUGAUAUUUUCUGUUUUCCUGAUUGGCUGCUAUGUUCUUGCUGUUUUUUUGGGUUAUUGCUUGUUUUGGUUGUUGUUGUGACUGUUCAUACUUGGUGUAGUGUUUUGGUUGUUGUUGGCUGUUUUCCUGAUUGGCUGCUAUGCGAAUGGGUGAAGUGGUUUUGAGCAGUGAAGAAGCAAUGGAAAUGGAGUUGGAGACAGAGAAGAACGAGACUAAGAAGGAUGGCUCGUCUGAGGUGGUUAGGUGGGAAAUAUUUGAGGUGGAAUUGUAGUGAACGUGGAUAAACCAAUUACUAAUGAAAUUUCGACAUCUGAAUCUGAAAAGGAAGCUGGCAUUUUUGACAUGGAUUUGUCUAAUUUAGAUGCCUUUGGACGAAAUUUUUCUUUCUCCGAGCUGCUAGUUCAUUUUGAUCUCGACUGCGAAGGAAUUGGUUAUCCUUGCCAGCCAACUGUGGAUACUUGUGCUUCUGUGGACAAUAUUUCAGGGUCAUCUCAUGAAUCUGGGGAUGCCAAUCUGGAGGCUGAUCAAGUUGUGUCAGAAUAUUCAUCUACACUGACAGAAGUUCUUUCAGGAAAAGACAUGAAUGUUGAAGGCUCUGAAACCCUAACUGUAUUAAAAUCAAUAACAAAAUGCAUAAGAAUUUUAAGUCCUGCAAAAGGUCGCAGGAGUUCUUUGGAUUAGAAAUUUUUUUCAGCAAGAAACUAAUUCUUUUUGAAGAUUAAGAUGACUUA